GGCCGGCCCCUUUUGCGGUCUGGCGACUCUGUCGCCGCCUUCGCCUUUCCCACCUUCGGAGGCGGGCGACCGCUUCGUGCUCCGCGACUCGCCAUGGAGUGCUACCGAGAAGUCGCCGCCCGAGCCGCGGAGAAAAUGCAGGGCUACCGGGAGGAUCUCAGCGGCUGGCGGAGCUGCAAACGGACGAAUGAAAUUUCUAUUUUUUGGAAACCGUCGGCUGAAUUUCAUGGAAACAUAUACAAAGCUGAUGGGAUUUUGCCUGCAAAACCAGAGGCUGUGUUUAAGUGCAUAAAACCAGAGGCUGGAGGCCUUAGAGAAAAAUGGGAUAAAAACUUGAAGGAAUUGUUGAUUGUCGAGAUAAUUGAUGAAAACAUUUGUAUCACUAGAACUAUCACACCUUCGGCGUUCAUGAAAAUCAUUUCUCCGAGAGAUUUCUUAGAUGUGGUCCUAAUUAAGCAGUACGAGGAUGGCACAAUAGCAUCAGUAGCAACCAAUGUAGAGCAUCCGCAAUGUCCGCCUGAACCUGGUUACGUGAGGGGGGUGAAUUAUCCUUGUGGCUGUUUCUGCAUUCCUGUCCCAGGGGAACCAGGCAAGACCCAGCUGCUCAGCUUCUUUCAGAGCAAUCUAAGUGGCAACCUUCCUCAUUCGAUUGUCGACUCCUUCUUCGCAAGCAGCAUCGCUGACUUUUACAGCAACCUGACCAGAGCAGUGAAGAUGCUCGUGGCUUAAGUGUUGUUUUUUUUCCUCCUGAGAAAAUUGAACCAGCAGAGCAUCUGUAUGUUGUUUGCAGUUCUGCAGUUGCAUGAUUCCGCACACGUUGGAUAAUGCACUUCCAAUCCUCUUUAGAGAUCAUUUGGAACAGAUUUUUUCGUGUGCGGAACAAAAAAUCCACCACAAACGAUUGAUAAAGUGCAUUGAAAGUGCAUUAUCCAACGUGUGCGGAAUCAGCCUCAAACAAAAAAUCCACUUCCAAACGAUAGCUAAAGUGCAUUGAAAGUGCAUUAUCCAACGUGUGCAGAAUCAGCCGCCACUUGAGCAGGACAGAAAUCUGUGCAGCAUUAAGUACUUUUAAAUCCCAUUGAUAUUUCAGUGGGAAGGAUAUAAACCCAUGUUUAACCUGUCCACUGAAAUCAGUGGGACUUAAACAUGCUAGGAAGAAGCUUUCUUCCAAGUUAAACUAGUUAUGGAAGGCUUCAAACUUUGCUUAACGGAGUGGUAGGAUAGAGGGAACUGUAGUUUGGUUGAUAAUCUAAUGUUUUUUUCUUUCGUUCAUUCUUUUUAAGGAAUGGCAAGUUUCUCAUCCACAAGGCUUAGGCUUGGAAGUGUGGGCAAUGUCUAGUGAGGUUAAGGGCAAAGACUGAUCCUAAUUUCAGGUUUUGGUGGUCUGUGUAUUUCUUUGCUUCUCUUGGUGGCUAAUUGGAUCAGAAUUGUGCUGGAUACAUGCUUGACGCCACUCACGUACUAUGAUCUAGAAAGCCCAGGGUGUUCCACUGAUGCACCUGAACCUGGUUGCUGUCCCCUCCCCAGACAUUCCCGUGGUUUAUAUGCAAAGACUUCUUGCCUGUGCUUCAUGUUGCUAAUGCAAUCACAUGCCAUGUAUGCCAGGCCUUCCUUGCAUUCAAAGACAAUGUAUUGUUCCAAGGGCACACCAUAAGGGUAAAAACCUUCACAUGACCCUUUCUAGCAUGGAAACCACUGUAGAGGCAGCUGUGCACAAGUCCUAUGUGCAAAGUGGGGCUUAAUCCACAUGGAUAAAGUUGUAAGGAUCAAGACAAGGAAUUUAGUGCCCAGAGUCCUGGUUGCAGAGCCUCGUGUUUGCAGAGGUACACAUGUGGAGCUGUAGACCAUCAACUGACGAAUAGGGUUAUUGAAUGGAGAAGACCCUGUGGCCAACAGUUCUCCAUGCCCAUAAAAUGUUCUGUGUUCAGGUUUAUGGGUCCAUGGACUAGAGCACAAAGUGGCUGGUGCAGAAGGCAGAGCCAAGCACAAAACGUCAGAGAGCAAGGUUAUUAAACUCUAGUAGUAACUCUUUAACCACCUUGGGGAUCCUGUUUGUUUGGAAAGGUGGCAUAGAAAUGUUUUAAAUAAACAUUUCAGGCAUAAGCUCUUUUUAACAGGAUGCCUUUUAAUCUGCAAUCGGAUCUCCAGUGACCAAUCAGAAGCCUUGCUGGGCAAAAGCCCCUGCCUUGCUCGCUUUCUAAACAUACUUGGCAGAUGCCAGGAAAGAUGUCAACAGGUACCAUGUGGUGCCGAUGGGCACCACCUUGGGGACCUCUGAUCUAGAGCAAUGCAAGUUACUACUCAGUGCAAAUUCUUCAUCUGUUUAAAUAGGCAUAAUAGAAAACUUGAUCAUUUGGCAGAAUAACAUGGUCUCAGAUCUUGCUGGACUGUACCUCUCAGACAACAGGGGAAAGUUAGCAUGUUUGAAUGAUCCCCCCCUCUCAGAACUUUCUACCUGUUGAAAACUAACCUGGUAGGGAGAAUGAAACGUGACCACAUUGAAACGUGAUCCUGGAACUUGCUGUCUGAAAAGGUGUCUCUCCAGAUCUGCACCAUGUGCUUAUGCUGACUGCAUAACUCCAAUAAUUGGCCUACAUUACAGGGGUAUUAUGCGGGAUUAUUGUACAGUAUAUUAAUAAUAAAAAGAUGGUGGUUUUUAAA